GGUUUCAAAGACAUCCCCUUUCCUUUUCUCUUUCCUUCUUGUACACUCCACCGAAAAGUUUGUGAUCCUCGGAAUCCAUAAUCUUUUUCCCUUGUAUUGAUCAUAAAGAUUGGUGGGUUUCUCCCUAUUAAGUUCCGAGUCUUGAGACUUUUCUUGGUGUAGUUGUAACAGGGGUUUCUGGUGGGAAGAGUUCUUGAUUUUUACGAGUUCAUUUUUGCUUUUCUUGCAUUCUUGGAUCUUGUUAGGGGUUUUCUCCGUUGGGAUUUCCUUGUUUUGGAUUGAAUUUUUGUUUAUUUGGACAAGGAGAAAGUACUAGGAUUCUUGGAUUAUCAAAGUUUGCUUCUUGGUUUUGAUUUUGUGUUUGGGAAUUGAACCUUUUCUCACCCCCCCCCCCCCCCCCUCUCAUGGGUCUUUAGUUAUACUGUAUUUCGUUCCAAGUGUCAGCUAAAGGGUCUCUGUUUAUCGGUGGAAUUCUUGUCCGUUUCAACUGAAUUGGGCUUUCAGUUUGAAUUCGAGUUGCCUCUUCAAGGUUUUAUUGGGUAAUUUAACGUUUCUUGUUAUAUGUAAACUGAGAGAUGCCAGCAACAGAUUUUCAAGAGUCAUCUUCAUCUCCUUCAAGCUUUGGAUUUUCCAUUUUGAGCAGACGUCGUGAUCAGGUUCACUCCAUGGAGUCUACACAUGAGGCCACUAGCCAAGAAAUUGAAUUGGAAGCCUUCCAGAGACAAGUGGCCGAGCGUUUUCAAGAUUUGGCAGCUGCCGAUUCCCACGAGCUGCUCUCAAUCCCGUGGAUUCGCAAGCUUCUGGACACAUUCCUCUGUUGCCAAGAGGAAUUCAAAGUAAUUGUUAUGAACAACAAGAGCAAGUUGAGUAGGCCUCCCAUGGAACGACACAUUUCGGAUUUCUUUGAGAGAAGUGUCAAGGCGUUGGAUGUGUGCAAUGCUAUUCGAGAUGGGAUUGAGCAGAUCAGGCAAUGGCAAAAACAGUUGGAGAUUGUUCUGUGUGCAUUGGGCAAUCAGAGGAGCAUUGGUGAAGGCCAAUUUCGUCGUGCAAAGAAGGCGUUAGUCGAUUUGGCCAUUGCAAUGCUUGAUGAGAAAGAUUCUAACACGACCCUCGCACAUAGAAACCGGUCUUUCGGGCGCCACAGUGCGCAGAAGGAGCAGAGGUCUUUUGGCCAUUUCAGGUCUCUCUCGUGGAGCGUUUCAAGAUCUUGGUCUGCUGCUAGGCAGUUGCAAGCGAUCAGCAGCAAUUUAGUAGCACCGAGGGGCAAUGAGAUUAUGUCCACCAAUGGUCUUAAUGUGGCUGUUUUCACAAUGAACUAUGUGCUUCUGUUUGUGAUGUGGGCUCUUGUGGCCGCAAUUCCUUGUCAAGACCGUGGCCUUCAGACUCAUUUUUCCGUGACACGGCAGUGCCUCUGGGCUGCCCCGAUUCUUUCACUCCACGAGAGGAUUUUGGAGGAGGCGAAGAAACGGGAUAGGAGAAAUUCUUGUGGGUUGUUGAAGGAGAUUUAUGAUAUUGAGAAAUGCGCUCGGCAUAUGAAUGAAUUGACUGAUUCUAUCCACUUCCCCUUGACUGAUGAAAAGGAGAGGGAAGUGAAGCAGAGAGUUGAGGAAGUAAGACGGGUUUAUGAAGCUAUAAGGGAUGGAUUGGAUCCAUUGGAACGCCAGGUUAGGGAAGUGUUCCAUAGGAUCGUGCGGAGCAGGACGGAUGGCCUCGACUCAAUUAGCCGAGCAAAUAGCCAUGACUAAUGAAAAUUGUACCUUUUGAAAUUGAAUGUGGUAAGUGGUACUUAACAAAUGUAUUAUGAAUAUUGAUUUCCUCAGAUGAAGAGAAGGAAAAUGGUUUGGGCAAAUGUGCUUAGAAUAAAAAGGGUCAAAAGCUUGAAUCUUGGUACCUAUUAGAGAAAAUCAAUCACUGUGUAUAGAAAUUAGGAAUGGAUUGGACUUCCUGCUGUCCAUGAUGCUGUUCUUGAUCAUCUUUUUUGUUCUUGUGUAAUGAAAUUUCUGAGUAAAUCUUCAUUUGACAUUGU